UCGCGACUGCAGAUGGAAUAUAGUAUUCGUUGAGGAUAUCCUCAUAGGGACGCUUGCCUCGGAGUAUCUGAAAAGGUGACCAGACGUCACCUUUUUGGUCGCAUGCAUCUACGUCUCGUACCAAGACUUCUGGGGCGACAUAUCGUAAGGGUACAGCGCACACACCCUCCACCUUAAGGCGGACGGGAUCAUCUGUAAUGGUGUAUGAUGAUCCAAAGCCGCUGAUUCGAGGAAAGGGGUCACGCUCGUCAUGGGCGCCGUAAUCGAUAUAGACGUUACUCUGGGCAAUUGGUGAACGAGUGAAUGAAGAUAUGAAAGCCCACGAGAAACCCCAAGAAUCUGAUGGAGCACUUAGAACAACGAGGACACACUGAACGCGCACAUGCAACACAUAAGUACCAGUUUUUGGCGAUCCGCCUUCACAUUUACGCUGAGAUAGUCCAUCACUUUCCCUCCCUCACAACGGGCAUACGCAAUCCUCGCGCGAAGCCAAGUUUCAUCCUCAAGCCUCACUAUCCAUCCUUGGAAUCGAGCAAUGUUUUCGUGAUCCAAAGAACGAAUAAUACUCAAUUGCCGCUCCACACGCUGCGAGAAAGUCAGCCUUACGCUGAUGCUGGCGAACAAAUCGCAAACCUGCACAAAACGCUCCACCUCCGCGUCGUUCUGCUUUACCUCCUGCUCCAACCUCCGCUUCAACCUCUGCUUCAACCCCUGCCUCGACCUCUACCUCGCCUCCUGAGAAAGUUCGGAUUCGUGUAUGACUUCUAUGAGAACGCUGUCCACUCCGCCCUAAACACCCUGGGACUAGACCUGGGGCGGUAACCCCACCACCUUUGAUGUCAAACACGACCUUUCCGUCCAGCUUGCGUGAGUCUAGGUGAAAUGGCUUGGGUGAGUCUAAGCGAAAAGGCUCGCUUGAAGAGGACAACGCGGCCGCCAUCUUGGCAGGUGUGCGGAGCAGAGGAAAGAUCGUACGGAGAAGCCUUAUGUAGGAUUACGCCCAAUCCAGUCUGAGUGGAAAUGGGAUCCAGAUUAGGCUCCAGAGCAGCAAUGAAUCAAUCCGCUUCCAUUCUUGGCUGUUUCUGGCCCAAAAA